AUGGCACCUACAGUUUUCUUCGUCCCCGGCCUCUGGGAAGGCCCCUCCGUAUUCGACAGCGUGUCUUCUCUUCUAUCCAAGGAUGGCAUCACAUCCGAAUUCGCUACCCUGCGAAGUACCGGAACAACCUCGCCCGGAAACCCCUCCAUGCAGGAUGAUAUCAACGGAAUUCGUGCAGAUCUCGAGCCGACAAUUUACAGAGGAGAUGAUGUAGUUUUGGUACUGCACUCGGCUGCUGGGUUUCUGGGCAGCGCGGCAGUCGAGGGACUAGUUGUGAAACAUCCUCGCGAAAGAGGAGAGAAUGGUGGAGUGGUUGGAAUUGUGUUUAUUACCGCCGGAAUUUUGGACGUGGGUCAGCCACAUCCUCCAAUGGCAGCGUUUACGAUUAUUGAGGGCGGGGCAAUGUACUGCCGUGAACCCGAAACAGCACUCUUUGGCGAUCUGCCCGAGAGUGAGAGACCAGCGUUAUUGGCAAGUCUCCAGACCCAGCCUGCCGAGAAUUGGGAUAAUAUCACGGUCUCGUACUGCGCCUGGAAGGAUGUGCCGAGUGUGUAUCUCAUUUGUGAAAACGAUACUGUGAUUCCCCCACCUGUACAGGAGCACUGUGCUGCUUUGGCUGGAAGCAGCAUAGAGCGAUGCAGCGCUGGCCAUGUGCCUCAGCUCAGUCAGCCGGAGAGAGUUGUCGAAGUUAUCAAGGGCGCCAUCACACAAUUCUCAUCAUGA